AUGUCCAAAUGUCCGUCUACAAAUUUAAGAACAAUCGCUGAAUUUGUGGUAAAAGUGUAUGCGCCAGUGUGGUUUGACAUUAAAAGAAAACCAUCGUGUUGUGAUGGAGGAAGACACGUCUUCAGAAUGAUACAGUUGUCACGCUACUUGAACAACGAAUUGAAGGCAGUAAUCGAUCCUGUUAUCAAACGAAAUGCGUAUAUUUCUCAUCCGGAGAACCUUUUUCUAGCAAUGCUUCCUGAUGAUCGUCCUGCUAUAAGACAACUUUGCUUACGAAGAAUAUUGAAGGCGCGCACAAAAAUAUCUACAGAUAUAAGGGAAUUUGUUAUUCCUAAAUUAGAUUUCGAUGCCAGUGAAUAUUAUGAGCUUAUUAAUUGGCAAAAUAGCUCAAUUACAGCACCACCUCUUUUAAGUACUGCAACUGAUGGAGAUAUCAGAGAAUUUAUAAACGAUACAGGAACUUCUCUUGUAGAUUUUGUGUCCUGUCCCUGCAUACACAGGCAGUAG